UACUAUGAUGAUGCUGAACAUUUUUUGAAUGUUUUAGUAUAUUCAUUCAUUCAGAAAUAUUUAUUUUUACAUGAAAUAACACAAAUUAAAAUUAUCUGUUACGUCGGGGUAGAAUGAGCAGCGUUCUGUGGGGUGUCAUCGCCAUGACAAACUGCACCAUAACCUAAAAUGUUCAGUUUAUUUACAUUCGUACAAGAAAACGUGGCUCUAUAUUUUUGGAAGUUUUUCGCGAAAAUUAAGUAGAAAUAAUGGUUCGGUGCUACAAAAGUGUCAACGUCUGUUGCUAGAGCACAAGGGUUCAACAAGGUUGCCGUCAAUGGAUUCUUCGAUGUUUUGGAAGACAUUUUCGACAACACUAGGUUCCCUCCGAGCAGGAUAUAUAACGUUGACGAAACGUCGAUUCUAACCGUUCAAACAAAAACGUCCAAAGUUAUCUCCCUAAAAGGAAAGCGUCAGGUUGGAUGUAUUGCUUCGGCAGAUAGAGGAGUCCUAUCUACGGCUUGCAUAUGCAUGUCUGCAGCAGGACACUUCAUACCACCGAUGCUUAUUUUUCCUAGAGUACGACUGACGGGCCAAUUGAAAAAGGGAGCACCACCGGAAACACUAUUCAGCUGUAAUACUACGGGCUGGAUGACCAUUGACGAUUUUUCUGCGUGGUUUGAUCACUUUUUGGCCCAUACAAGACCUACAGCAGAAAGUCCAGUGUUGCUGCUACUGGAUGGACAUGCAUCCCACACAAAGAACUUGGAGUUCCUGGAUAAAGCCAAGCGUUCACAUGUAACGGUGGUUUCCAUGCCUUCCCACUGUAGCCACAGACUUCAACCACUUGACGUCAGCUUCAUGGGACCUCUUAAAACUAAUUUGUCUCAAGUAAUCGAGAAGUAUUUAAAAAUGAAUCCAGGCAAGGUCAUCACACUGAAUGAAAUUAGUGCACUGUUUGGAAAAGCUUACCUUCGCUCAACAUCAGCUUCUGUUGCAGUGAACGGAUUCAACAAAACCGGCAUCGCACCUUUCAACAGAGCAGUGUUUACGGACGAUGACUUCGCACCAGCUGAUGUGUCGGAUAUACCGUUGGCAUCGAACGGUGGAUCUUCGAGUAAUGAGACCACUACGGAGGAUAAAAACCGACAACAGUUUCAGGGUGUUAAUGAUGGCCUCGCAACAAUUGAUCUAACGAAAACACUCCCAAACACUGUUGAAGGUUCCCAGUGUGACGUCCAUUCCGACGACGAAGAUGGGCCAUUUCUAGGAUUCGAUGACGUUGACAUCACUACCAAGAAAAUUACGGAGAUUCCAACAAAGCGUUCGACACAGCUGAACAAGUCAUUUUCCGUAGGACCAACAGCAAUUCGUCCAUUUCCCAAAAUGGCAUUGAAGGAACGAAAGAGUGGUAGGAAGAAGGAAAAAUCUAAAGAACUGACAUCCAGCCCAUACCGAAAUGCUCUAAGAUCACUACAAGCUGCUAAGGAAAUAAAGCAAUUGAAGGUAUCAGAAAGAGCUUCAAAAAAGCGUCCUCAUGGCGCACCUAAGCCAAGACGUCAACAAAAAGAAAACCGGAUUGUACAAGAUGUACAAUGUGAAACUUGCGGUAUCUGCUUCAGUUCGUCAGGAAAUGGACGUGAUUGGGAAAAGUGUAGCAAAUGCCACAUUUGGUUUCACAAACUUUGCGCAGAGUCCUGUAUGACUUGCCGUAAGUGACUGCCUUGAAUUCGUUAUUCGUUCUAUGCGAGAGCGAAAAUGUUGUUUUUUUUCAUUCAAACGUAUGAAUUGCUUUACCUUUAAAUCCUAAAAGGUUACUUGAAUAAAAGAAUUUGAUCUAUUUGUAAACGAUGUUUUAUUUUUAUCAUAAAAAUGUAUAAGAAAAUCGCAUAAAAAAAUAAAAAUAAAAACUGCUCAUAUUACCCCGACAGGGUGCUCAUAUUACCCCGUCAGCACCUGAACACGCAAGAAAAUCUACAUUUUUUAUAAGUGUAAUAUAUCACUCAUUUGAAACUUUAUUCGAUACUAGUUAACCAGAAAUGAGCUCUUACAUUGUAAAUCAUUGAUUUCUUUGAAAAAAACAAUGUAAUUCAUUAUCACGUACGUCGUACGACAUUAUUUUCUUAAGGUGGCCAAACUGCCCCACUUUCCCCUACCGUGGACGUACCAUAUUUGACGCGGUUAAGAAAAUUCUAAAUUCAAACACUUGUCAAAUCGUCUAAAUCUUUCCGAUUUUGUUGAAAUUUGAACAUAUGCUAGCUCAACUAUUAUAGAAUUAGGGAAAAUCAGUAAAAAAAUAUUAAACGUUUUAUUAUUCAUGUUUGAUUGACUAUUUGUGGAACACCUUAGGUUCCUUAAUUGACACAUCAAUUCUUCAAAGUGCCUAAUUUGACGCACUAUGUUCCUUAUUUGAUGCACUUACAAAUAAUUGCUAAAGUUUAAAAUAUACAAGAGUUUCAGUAUUCAAUAGUUCAAUUAAUUGAAAAAAGCGCUUUAGAGUGGACAUAAAAAUUAGAACCUUUGGAAAAAGUUUUGAAUGACGUCAUCCGGUAGUACUUUUGCUAUGCGUUUAUUUAGUGUAGAAAAUAAAACCGGCGAUUGAGUUCAAUCCAUAGUUAAGCAUUAUUGUUAUUUCAAUGUAUUUUCGUCGCGAUAUCAGACAAGGGAAAGGUUUGAAAACUACAUUGCGCUGGAACGGGGAAGGUAGUUGCUAAAAUAAGGACAAAUUGGA